AUGUCCAUUUCGCAGGUGGGCUCAUUCCAGUUGUUCGUGGAGGGCUACAAGGACGCGGAUUACUGGCUGCGGAGGUUCGAGCAGGACCCCCCGCCGCCGCACGUCAUGCGAAAGUUCCAGCUGCAGUUCGAGCGGCUGGUGGUGCUGGACUACAUGAUCAGGAACACCGACCGCGGGAACGACAACUGGCUGAUCAAGUACGACGCGCCGCCGGCAGAUGGCGUUGCGCUCACCGAGCCCAGCGAGUGGUCCGGCGGCGCGGAGGUCCGCAUCGCGGCCAUCGACAACGGGCUGGCGUUCCCCUUCAAGCACCCCGACUCGUGGCGCGCCUACCCCUACCACUGGGCCUGGCUGCCGCAGGCCAAGCGCCCCUUCAGCCACGAGACCAAAGAGCUGGUUCUUCCGCUGCUGUCUGACAUGAAUUUCGUGCAAGAACUUUGUGAUGAGCUACAUAUACUUUUCAAGCAAGACAAGGGCUUCGACAAGGGGCUGUUCGAGCGGCAGAUGUCGGUGAUGCGCGGCCAAGUGCUGAACCUCACGCAGGCGCUCAAGGACAACAAGAGCCCCGUGCAGCUGGUGCAGAUGCCGGCCGUCAUCGUCGAGAGGUCCAAAAGCGGCACCACCUCUUCCCGCUUCUUCGACUCGUUCCAGCAGCGCUUCCAGCACAAGUCGCCGUUCUUCUCGUGGUGCUGUGGGCCGAGAGCAAGGAAAACGGCGGUAACUCCAAACGCGACGCUGCAAUAUAUA